CGCUAUCUGGAUCUCUGCGAGAGUUCGAGAAUUCCACAUAUCGAAAAAGGUGAUCGCCCACUGUCUACUCGCAAGCUGACGGAGUGAAACCCUGCGAUUGACAAUCCCCUUCCGGCUCCGAUCCCCUCGACCACCACCGCUCCAUCCCGCUCACCAAACACGGACAUGUCGCGCCCCACUAUCAUCGCACCAACGUCGAGUUUCCGGUAGAUUCGCCUUCCCGAUCUGCUAUCAUGGCCGAAACCAAUCCAGAGCUGCAGGCGAAACUGCAAGCUCUUGAGCAGGAGCUGGCAGAGGGGGAUAUCACACAGAAAGGCUACGAAAAGCGCAGAACGAUUCUCCUCUCGCAGUACUUGAGUCCGGCGCAGGCCGCCCAGCUCCAGAAUGAAUUACGCAGUCAAGGACCCCUUCCCGAAGGCUCAGGGUCCCGAAAUGCAUCUCUCGCAGCUCUCUCCGGACGCACCGCUGGGCCCUCUUCAGACAUCUCCCGCGGGGAAUCCCCAUAUGGAAAUUCGAAUACCAGUACUGCGCAGAACUCGGAGUACAUUGCAUACCCGCCUAGCCAAGUUGGGCGCUUUCAAGAGAAGCAGCUUGGGAUACCGGAUGCUGCGCACCGUCGUGCUUCUCAAACCAGCGAGACCUUCCUCCCUCGGCCACAGAGUCCGGAAUAUAGACCUUACUCGCGCGAUGGGACAAUGAUAUCUACUAAUUAUGCUUUCAAUCCUGAGGCGCACGCUGGCUACGACGGCCAAUAUGGAGCACCCGGGGACGCGACGAGACAGAGCACGAUGCUAGACGCCCACCAGGGCUUUUUCUCCGAUUUUACAGGACAGCAGAUGCAGGAUAAUCCAGAUAUGUAUGGCGGCCCUCACAGAUAUGGAUCCGCAGAUGCGUUUUCCCCGACCGCCGCGAUGGCCCCGCCCAUGAUGUCGACAAGCGACAUUGCCGGUGCAGCGGUUGUUGAACCUUUGUUGCCCUUGGAACCGCGCGACCUGCCAUUCAAUGUCUACGAUCCCCAUAAUCCCAAUCUCUUGAUGUCCAAGUUUGAUAAUAUUGGGGCUGUACUUCGCCAUCGUGGCCGGACUCAGCCUCGACAGACUGCUUUCGAGGUGUUGGAUUCCAAGGGGAAGGAAACGGCAUCCAUUACAUGGGAGAAGGUCGCAAGCCGUGCCGAGAAAGUCGCAAAGGAGAUGGCCAAGAGCAAUCUGUAUCGCGGCGACCGGGUGGCGCUAGUGUAUCGGGAUACCGAGAUCAUCGAAUUCGUUGUUGCCUUGCUCGGUUGUUUCAUCGCCGGAGUCGUGGCUGUGCCCAUCAACAGCGUAGACGACUACCAGAAGAUAAUACUGCUCCUCUCCACGACCCAAGCUCGUCUUGCGCUUACGACGGAUAUCAAUCUUAAGGGCUUCACACGGGAUGUCAGCCAGGGUCGUUGGAAGUGGCCGAGCGGUGUCGAAUGGUGGAAGACAAACGAGUUCGCUUCACGGAAGCAUGAUGACCACUCUCCGUUACAGGUACCGGAAGUCGCAUACAUUGAGUUUGCGCGAGCGCCAACGGGGGACCUUAGAGGUGUAGUCCUCAGCCACAGGACGAUCAUGCAUCAGAUGGCAUGUAUUAGUGCCAUAAUAUCGACAAUACCGACCGGGAACGAGGGUUCAGACACGUUCAGCCCAACGCUCCGUGAUGAGAAUGGGAACCUUAUCAAUCGACCUUCCAAGACCUCGUCUACCGAGACCAUUCUCAGCUACCUAGAUCCGCGUGAAAGUGGCGGCAUGAUUCUGGGAGUUCUAUUUGCUGUCUAUGGUGGACACACGACAGUAUGGCUGGAGGCUAAGACUGUCGAAACCCCUGGGCUUUACGCCCAUCUGAUCUCCAAGUACAAGGCCACCAUAAUGGUCGCUGACUACCCCGGCCUAAAACGUGCUGCUUAUAAUUAUCAGCAAGAUCCCAUGGCUACAAGGAACUUUAAGAAAGGCUCAGAGCCGAACUUUUCUUCAGUCAAGAUCUGCUUCAUUGAUACCCUCACAGUAGAUUGCGAGUUCCACGAGAUAUUAGGUGAUAGGUGGCUAAGGCCAAUGAGAAAUCCUCGAGCACAAGAACUGAUUGCGCCCAUGCUAUGUCUUCCUGAGCAUGGUGGUAUGAUCAUCUCUGUCAGAGACUGGCUAGGUGGCGAGGAACGCAUGGGUUGCCCGUUGAGCAUGCACGAAGCAGAGGAAGACGAUGAAGAGGAUAAGAAGUCCGAGGAUCCUAUCGUGAACAAUGGCUAUACCAGUCUCAUUGGCGGCGGUGUAACCAAGAAGAACAAACAGAAAAAGAGCCGCGUCGAGUUGGCAGAGAUUCUCUUGGAUAAAGAGGCGCUUAAGAUGAACGAGGUAGUUGUUGUUGCCACGGGAGAAGAGGUAAGGAAGCGCGCAAACGAGCCGGGAACGUUACGCGUUGGCGCCUUUGGAUAUCCUAUUCCGGAUGCGACACUUGCAAUCGUAGAUCCAGAAACGAGCCUUCUCUGUUCUCCGUAUACAGUUGGCGAGAUCUGGGUCGAUUCACCUUCGCUUUCCGGCGGCUUUUGGCAUCUCCCCAAACAUACCGAGACUAUAUUCCAUGCCAGACCCUAUCGGUUUGUUGAAGGUAGUCCAACACCUCAACUGCUUGAGACGGGGAUGGAAUUCCUGCGCACGGGCUUGCUAGGCUUUAUCGUCGACGGCAAAGUCUUCGUCCUUGGACUGUACGAAGACCGGAUCCGGCAAAGGGUAGAGUGGGUGGAGCACGGCGUGUUCGAAGCUGAGCACCGUUACUUCUUCGUGCAGCACCUCGUUGUCACCAUCAUGAAGACCGUGCCAAAGAUCUACGAUUGCUCUGCCUUUGACGCACAUGUUAAUGGCGAAUACCUUCCCAUCAUACUGAUAGAGACGCAAGCGGCGUCCACUGCACCUACGAACCCGGGAGGACCUCCGAGGCAAUUGGAAAUACCCUUCCUGGACUCACUAUCCGAACGGGUUAUGGAUGUACUAUACAACGAGCACCAUCUGCGGGUCUAUUGUGUUAUGAUUACAGCACCUAACACUCUUCCUCGAAUAGUCAAGAAUGGUCGGCGGGAGAUUGGAAACAUGCUCUGCCGGAGAGAAUUCGACAAUGGCUCCUUACCCUGCGUGCACGUCAAAUUCGGCGUGGAGCGGUCUGUUCAGAACAUCGGAUUGGGCGACGAUCCGGUUGGCGGCAUUUGGUCUCAAACAGCGUCCAUGGCACGAGGUCAGCUCCUAUUGAUGCAGGACAAGCAGUACUCUGGAAUAGACCCCCGUGAAGUCGUCAUAGACGACCGCACGUCUACACCUCUCAACCAAUUCUCGAACAUCCACGACCUAUUGCAGUGGCGUGUAUUGCGACAGGCUGAGGAACUUGCAUACUGCACUAUUGAUGGCCGUGGCAAGGAAGGCAAGGGUAUCACCUGGAAGAAGUUCGACCUCAAGGUUGCUGGUGUCGCCAUGUACCUGAGGAAUAAAGUCAAAGUCAAGGAAGGAGAUCGUCUCCUGCUGAUGUACACCCAUUCCGAGGACUUCGUGUACGCAGUACACGCAUGUUUCUGCCUGGGCGCCGUUGCUAUCCCGAUGGCGCCCAUUGAUCAGAACAGACUGAACGAGGACGCACCGGCCUUGCUCCACAUCAUCGCGGACUUUGGCAUCAAGGCGAUAUUGGUCAACCAUGAUGUUGACCAUUUGUUGAAGGUGAAGCAGGUGUCACAGCAUAUCAAACAAUCCGCAGCGAUCCUCAAGGUUAAUAUACCUUCGACAUAUAACACCACCAAACCCCCUAAACAGUCGAGUGGAUGCAGGGACUUGGGACUGAAGAUGAAGCCGGCCUGGGUCCAGCCUGACAACCCGGUUUUGAUUUGGGUUUAUUGGACGCCGGACCAGAGGCGUAUUGCCGUGCAGCUGGGCCAUGAUACCAUCAUGGCGCUUUGCAAGGUCCAGAAGCUGACCUGCCAGAUGGUCAGCACGAGUCCUGUCGUCGGAUGCGUGAGAAGCACAGUUGGCCUGGGUUUCAUCCAUACUUGCCUGAUGGGCAUCUUCCUCGCUGCACCAACGUACUUGGUUUCGCCUGUGGAUUUCGCCCAGAAUCCGAAUCUCCUCUUCCAGACUCUGUCGAGGUAUAAGAUCAAGGAUGCGUAUGCUACAAGCCAAAUGCUUGAUCAUGCUAUUGCACAUAAUGCAGGCAAGGCUAUGGCACUACAUGAACUCAAAAAUAUCAUGAUUGCGACUGACGGACGCCCACGAGCUGACGUUUAUUCAAGAGUACGUGUGCACUUUGCACCGGCAAGGUUAGACCGCACGGCAAUCAAUACUGUCUACUCCCACGUCUUGAACCCAAUGGUCGCAUCACGGUCAUACAUGUGCAUCGAACCCAUCGAGCUGUAUCUGGACAUGAACGCCUUGCGCCGUGGUCUCGUCGUACCAGUCGAUCCGGAUACAGACCCGAAUGCACUGCUCGUGCAGGAAUCUGGAAUGGUGCCCGUCAGCACGCAGAUCUCCAUUGUAAACCCAGAGACGAACCAACUUUGCCUCGUGGGCGAGUAUGGCGAAAUAUGGGUGCAGUCGGAAGCUAAUGCGCAUGCAUUCUACGGCUCCAAAGAACGCCUCGAUGUCGAACGCUUUAAUGGCAGGACAGUCGACGGUGACCCGAAUGUGCGCUAUGUGCGGACGGGAGACUUGGGUUUCUUGCACUAUGUCACGCGACCCAUUGGGCCGAAUGGCGAGCCUAUUGACAUGCAAGUUCUUUUCGUGCUUGGCAGUAUCGGCGAUACCUUCGAAGUCAAUGGACUUAAUCAUUUCUCUAUUGACAUUGAAACGUCGGUGGAGCGGUCUCACCGGAAUAUCGUCCCCGGUGGCUGCGCCGUCUUCCAAGCCGGCGGCCUCGUCGUUGUAGUGGUCGAAGUCUUCCGCCGCAAUUUCCUCGCCUCCAUGGUUCCCGUAAUCGUCAAUGCCGUCCUCAACGAACACCAACUUGUCAUCGACAUCGUUUCCUUCGUUUACAAGGGAGACUUUCACCGCUCCCGCCUGGGCGAGAAGCAGCGCGGCAAAGUCCUUGCGGGAUGGGUGACUCGCAAGAUGCGCACAAUUGCCCAGUACAGUAUCCGCGAUCCGAAUGGCGGUGAUAAGACGGGCGGUAUUCAAGAGGUAGCAGAACCGGGGCCUGGCCGGACGGGUUCGGGGACGUUUACGAGAACGGGUGGGCCCGGAAGUGUCAAAGGCAGUCUCAAGGGGAGUUUGUUAGGAAUGGCGACGACGCAGAUGCAGAAUUUGUCGUUGCAGACAGGACAGGGGGUGCCGCCACAGGAGUUUUCUGGGCAGCAGCAGUGGCAGCAACAGCAAGGAAUGGGCGGGUUUGCGCCGCCUCCUGGGAACGUCGCUGAGAUGCCGGGCCAGGGAAUGGGAUACCCGGAGUCGAUUCCUGAGUAUGCAGAGCUGCAAGCGUAUGCGGAGGGAGAGGGAGAUAUGAGCCCUGGCCACAGAGACGAGAGCGACAAUACGCCCACAGAGGCACCAAGGGGAUCGUAUCUUCCCAACCUGGCCGGUAGCGAGGUUACGGAUUACAGUCCUGUCGGACACGGUGGCGUUUUCGACGACAACUUGUCGAAUCAGCAGCAGCAGCAGCAACAACAACAACAACAACAUCAGCAGUACGGCGCAGAAGGCUUAUCGACGAGUCCCCUUCCAACAGUGUUAAGACCCGGCGUGGCUGAUGAUGGGACGGGGCCUCCAGAACCGAGGUAUGCGAAUAAGCCGUUUCUGGAUGCUGAGGCACAGGCUGUGGGUGGUGCGAACUCGGGGUAUGCGCCCUCGGGUGAAGAUUGGCGGUUACCGUCUCAGGGGAUGCAGCAAGGACAGCAGCAGCAGCAGCAGCAACAACAGCAACAACAACAAGGUUAUCAACACCAAGAAUACCAGUAUCAAGGAGGGUAUGCAGACCAGCAGCAAGAACAACCAGAGUCAAGUAGUGGUGGACCAGCAGCAGGAGGAGGCCUCAGAGUAACGAACCGCAACUCCGCGUCCACGGAUACUAGCGUGGAUUCGUGGGCCAGGGAGGCGAUUAUGCAUAUGAAUCUUGCGGGGUCGGGGCCGGAGGAGAUGAGGAGGUAUGAUGGGUAGUUUUCAGUAUUGGAGAUGGGGUUGCGUGGGAAUGGUGGAUGCAUUGUUGGUGUUGCCUGCUUGGUGUUAGAGCAUGUGUUUGUAUCGAAGUGGGGAGAUUCGAAAGCGUGUUUGGUUUGCUGGAAGAUCGUUGUUGAGCGUGUUUGGCGUGGCUGAACGACUGGGUAGCGGAACGUUUUCUUUGCCUGACAGCUGGAGGUUGGUAGACCUGGAGCUCGCUUUUUCUCCUGGAGUGUACGGCUUUCUCUCCCCUUGAGCUUCACUUUCCGGGAGCUUUUGAUUAACGAAAAACAAGCGCUUUGCUAGAGACGAAUUAGGGGUUUUUUGAAUAGGUAUGAGGUAGUUCUAGUAGUAUAGCAUUAUAUAGGCAUUUAUAUAAGGGUGGAUGUGACAUUAUGACGGAAAUGGAGCUCUGCCGGCUGCGGCAUGAAUUGCCGUAUGAUCUUGAAUAAAUUAGACACG